GAGACAGCCUCAGCUAUGGCUGCAAGGACUCAUUCUGGAAAAGAAGAUGCUAGUAAAGUCAUUUUAGAGCAAGACAAGUGCAACAUUGCUGUGCAAGAGGAGUACGUUACUGAUGAGAAAAAGAAGAGAAAAAGUAAUCAGUUAAAGGAGAUCAGGCGCACAGAACUGAAGAGAUAUUAUAGUAUUGAUGACAAUCCAAACAAAACACAUGAUAAAAAAGAGAAGAAGAUGGUGGUUCAGAAGCCCCAUGGUACUAUGGAAUACACUGCUGGAAGCCAGGACACCCUAAACUCCAUAGCACUGAAAUUUAACAUCACUCCCAAUAAAUUAGUGGAACUGAAUAAGCUUUUCACGCAUACUAUUGUUCCAGGCCAGGUUCUUUUUGUGCCCGAUGCCAACUUUCCCUCGAGUACCUUAAGGUUAUCAUCAUCCAGCCCUGGUGCUACUGUCUCUCCUUCAUCAUCAGAUGCAGAAUACGAUAAACUGCCUGAUGCUGACUUAGCAAGAAAGGCCUUAAAACCCAUCGAGAGAGUCUUAUCAUCCACUUCGGAAGAGGAUGAGCCAGGAGUGGUAAAAUUUUUGAAAAUGAAUUGCCGGUACUUCACUGAUGGAAAGGGUGUAGUCGGAGGCGUCAUGAUUGUCACUCCUAACAACAUCAUGUUUGACCCUCACAAGUCCGAUCCCUUGGUCAUUGAAAAUGGGUGUGAGGAAUACGGCCUCAUCUGCCCCAUGGAAGAGGUCGUUUCCAUCGCCCUCUACAAUGAUAUCUCCCACAUGAAGAUCAAAGAUGCCUUGCCAUCGCCUGGAGAAUGGGAAGACCUGGCUUCAGAAAAGGAUAUCAACCCAUUCAGUAAGUUCAAAUCUCUCAACAAAGAAAAACGGCAACAGAACGGAGAGAGGACAGUCACUUCAGAUUCCACAUCAGUAGGACCUUCAGAGAAGUCAACAGAAUACAUAGAAACGAAGCCCUCAGACAGCUCUGUAUCAGUCAAGGUAAAGAAACUGGAAUCCUCCGCAGAGGCAACCCAACAAUCUACCCCAGUAGCUAACGUCAGCAAGGAACCUUCUGACACUCAGGCUGCGUUUGAAUCUAUAGCCAAAGAAAAUUCUCUUUUAGGGGAAGAUGAUGACUUCGUUGACUUGGAAGAACUUUCUUCUCAAACUAAAGGUGUAACGGACAAAAGAGACACCGCAAAGGAGUGCCUUUCUCUUGACCCAGAGGAACGAAGGAAGACUAAAGCACAACUAAUCAGUUCUACUACGGAAAUUCAGUCCGCCCUGAACUUUUCGGGAACAGAGUGUGAUGCUGAACUGAAGGGAGCCCUAGACUUAGAAACCUGUGAGAAACAAGAUAUAAUGCCCGAGGUGGACAAGCAGUCUGGGUCCCCAGAAAGCCAGGUGGAAAACACACUGAACAUACAUGAAGAUCUAGAUAAAGUCAAACUCAUUGAAUAUUACCUUAAUAAGAACAAAGAAGGGUCACAGUUACCUGAUAACAUGCAGAAGGCAGAAUUAAGCGAUGGCAAAAGUACUGAGCCAGUGGGCAUAGACAUCACCCUUAGUAGUUCUCUUCCCCAGACAGGUGAUCCCCUGAUUGAGGGCAAGGAAGAGCCAGAUAAACCCUGGGCGAGAGAGAGAGCAGCCCUUCCGUUGCAGCUGAGCUCCUCUGCAGAAGAAGGUAUGAAUAAAGAGUAUCCAGACUCCUCUUUGGAAUCUACCCUGGACAACAGCUGCCAAGGUGCACAAAUGGAUAAUAAAUCUGAAAUUCAGUUAUGGCUAUUAAAGAGAAUUCAGGUACCCAUUGAAGAUAUACUUCCUUCAAAAGAAGAGAAAAGCAAAACUCCACCCAUGUUUCUGUGCAUUAAAGUGGGAAAACCAAUGAGGAAAUCCUUUGCCACUCACACGACAGCUGUGGUCCAGCAGUAUGGCAAACGAAGAAAGCAGCCGGAGUACUGGUUUGCUGUUCCUCGGGAGAGGGUGGAUCACUUGUACACGUUCUUUGUCCAAUGGUCUCCUGACGUCUAUGGGAAAGACGCCAAAGAGCAAGGCUUUGUGGUGGUGGAGAAAGAAGAACUGACUAUGAUCGACAACUUCUUCAGUGAGCCAACCACCAAGAGCUGGGAGAUCAUCACAGUCGAGGAGGCAAAACGCAGGAAGAGCACGUGCAGCUACUACGAAGAUGAGGACGAGGCCGCCCUGCCGACCCUGCAGCCCCACAGCGCGCUUCUGGAGAACAUGCACAUCGAGCAGCUGGCCCGACGCCUUCCAGCCAGGGUGCAGGGCUAUCCAUGGAGACUCGCAUACAGCACGCUAGAGCAUGGGACCAGCUUGAAAACUCUCUACCGGAAGUCAGCAGCACUAGACAGUCCUGUCCUAUUGGUCAUCAAAGAUAUGGAUAAUCAGAUCUUUGGAGCAUAUGCGACUCAUCCUUUCAAGUUCAGUGAUCACUAUUAUGGCACAGGCGAAACUUUUCUCUACACAUUUAGCCCCCAUUUCAAGGUCUUCAAGUGGAGUGGAGAAAACUCAUACUUUAUCAAUGGAGACAUAAGUUCUUUGGAACUUGGUGGUGGAGGGGGACGAUUUGGCUUAUGGUUAGAUGCCGACUUAUACCAUGGACGAAGCAACUCCUGCAGCACUUUUAAUAAUGAUAUUCUUUCCAAAAAGGAAGACUUCAUAGUUCAAGACCUCGAGGUAUGGACAUUCGAGUGA